CUAAAGCAUUGAAUCAUGGAUAUCUCUCGCAAACGAGAGACUUAUGGUAUUAGAGAUAUCAAUAAUGCAGGAGAAGGGCCAAGUAAUUGCCCAAACAAUCAGUAUGACAUGGUUAGAACAUUGAAGAGAACAACCUCAUAUGUAGAUGAGGAUCACAUUUUUGUUGGCUUUCAGGAUGUUGUACAAACAUUGCUAGCUGAACUUCUCAAAGCAGAGCUUCACAGAAGCGUCAUCUCCAUUUAUGGUAUGGGCGGAUUAGGCAAGACAACUCUUGGGAGAAACCUAUACAUCAGUCCUAAUAUAGUCUCUAGCUUCCCUACACGUGCUUGGAUAUGUGUUUCUCAAGAGUACAACACCAUGGAUCUCCUUAGGAAUAUCAUAAAAUCCAUCCAAGGUUGCACCAAGGAAACUCUAGAUUUGUUGGAAAAGAUGACAGAGAGAGAUCUAGAAAUUUACCUUCGUGAUCUUUUAAAAGAACCCAAAUACCUUGUGGUGGUCGAUGAUUUAUGGCAUAGAGAAGCAUGGGAAAGUUUGAAACGAGCAUUUCCAGAUAGCAAGAACGGCAGCAGAGUAAUUAUUACUACACGCAAAGAGGAUGUCACUGAAAGAGCAGAUAACAAAGGUUUUGUCUAUAGACUUCGUUUCCUGAGCCAAGAAGAAAGUUGGGAUCUCUUUUGUAGGAAACUACUCGAUGUUCGGGCAAUGGUCUCAGCGAUGGAAAGGCUAGCUAAGGAUAUGGUGGACAAGUGUGGAGGUUUACCUCUUGCAAUUGUUGUUUUAAGCGGAUUACUUUCACAUAAAAGAGGGCUAGAAGAAAGGCAAAAAGUGAAGGACAACCUUUGGCAGAAAAUUAAAGACGACUCUAUUGAGGUCUCCUACAUACUAUCAUUGAGCUACAAUGAUUUGUCAACUGCGCUCAAGCAGUGUUUCCUGUACUUUGGUAUAUAUCCAGAAGAUCGUGUGGUCCAUGUUGAUCACAUAUUAUGGUUGUGGAUGGCUGAAGGAUUCGUACCAACAGGUAAAGAAAUAAUGGAAGAUGUUGCUGAAGGCUUCUUGAAUGAGCUGAUAAGACGAAGCUUGAUACAAGUGGUAAGAACAUUUUGGGAAAAAGUUAGUAAAUGUAGGAUUCAUGAUCUACUUCGCGAUCUUGCUGUACAAAAAGCAUUGGAGGUAAACUUUUUGGACAUUUAUGAUCCAAGAAAGCACUCCAUAUCCUCCUUUUGUCUGAGACAUUCCAUUCAUAGUCAAGGAAAACGGUAUCUCUCACUUGAUCUUUCUAACUUUAAAUUGAGGUCACUUAUGUUCCUUGAUCCAGACUUUUUAAAGAUGGGUCUUAUAAAGUUCCGUAAUGUGUUCCAACAUCUAUAUGUGUGGUACUUGGAGAUUCGUGUUGACAAUAAGUCUAUAGUACCUGAUGCCAUAGGAAGUUUGUACCACCUCAAAUUCUUAAGAUUGAGAGGUAUCUAUGAUCUUCCCUCUUCCAUUGGCAACCUCAAGCUUUUACAGACACUUCUUGUCAAUGACUAUGGGUACUCAUGCCAACUACCCUGCGAGACAGCUGACCUAAUAAAUCUAAGACAUUUGGUUGCUCCGUAUUCAAAACCUCUGAAACGUAUAAGCAAACUCACAAGUCUUCAAGUUCUUAAAGGCGUUGGUUGUGAUCAGUGGAAAGAUGUUGGCCCUAUUGAUUUAGUCAAUCUUCAAUAA